AUGUCAAACGCAUCUCCAUCCGGUAGUACACUCCCCUCUGGAAGUUCGUCGGAACUCCGUCGCUCUUCCACUGUGGUUCGAGUAAAUGAUGAGAAUUUCAAUAUCCCGUCUCCCCAGCGGAAGAUCUUCAUGCGCCAGCUCAGAACAGCUCUAAUAGAACAACAAGUCCCCUCCCCACUAUGGGCUGUUCUCCAUGUAUGUGACAUCGAGAGGCUUGAGAUGAUCCUCCAACUCGCCCACUUCUCACUGAAAAUCAUGGAUAGCUUUGCUGAAGUGAUUUGUACCCUUCCAUUCAAAUGGACGGUGACGCCAUCUCCAUCUCAGCAGUUGGAAUCAGGAUACGUGCCUUCUGCUUUCUGUCCGCGACCCCGUGCUCCCCCAGUUGCAAUUUACGCCGCCAGACAACGAGAUGGAAACAAGUGUGUCAUUACAGGCACCCGUAAGAUUUUCCAAACGAGUCCGAUCUUUCCAGCUAGCGCAUUCACCUCCAGCUUGAAGGAUGAUCCAUUUGCUCCUAACAUUUGGAGAUUCGCCGAUGUGUUCUGGGGAAAGAGCAGAACCGAAAGAUGGAGACGGGCUGUUUUCAAUGACCCAACUCAACCGGAGAAACCUGUCAAUGAUUGUACUAAUCUCAUCUGCCUUCGCAGAGACAUCCGGUCUGCAUGGUCAAGUGGUUUGUUCGCCCUGCGUCCCGUCUGGGUCUCGGAAGAUAACACUGAAAUGGAAAUCGAGUUUUACUGGCAGCCGAAGCUAGACCACAACCUUUACGACCUGGUUGAUUUGUCCAAGCAACCCAUCUCUACCAAGAACGUCAACAGCGUGGAUGGACUGGUCGUCUAUGUAGGAACGCGAGGUGAACCAUCCUAUCAUGCCAUUGAGUCCGGCUACAAGUUCCGAAUGACAACUGACGACCCCGUUGAGAGACCGCUUCCAAGUUUCGACUUGCUGGACAUGCAGUGGCAUUUCACUCGAAUGGUCAGCUUGUGCGCUGCAGGCAGUUUCUUCGAUGAGGAUAGUGAGGAUGAAUCUGACGCCAAAUCUGACAUUACUACCCAACCGGAGCAGCCUUCCACCCCCAUCCCGCGAAACGAGGACGUUCGGGCCUGGGUUGAAUCAUUCUUGGUCGGUUCCGGUUCCCAAUCUGAUUGCGAUUCCCCUCCUGGCUCAGAAUUCGUGGAGGAUGUCGAUGAAUUGAUGAUUGGCCCUCUGCCAGGGUCCGGUACCCACCGUCCACGCAGUGAUAGCGUGGGUUCGCAUAGUUCGCAGAGUUCGCAGAGUUCCGAGAAGACAGUAACAGAUUUGGGUUCGGCAGCUUCGGCAGCUUCGGCAGCUUCAGCAGGUGAGGAAAGUUCAACCAGCGUGGUUGAUGUGAUCUCCGGAACUGGUCAUCUAUCUAUCGACUUCGAAGGCGACAGUUAA